ACAUAGGCUGCUGAACGUUACACGGUGAGCUCCCCUGUCUAUCGAUCACACGGUGUCGACCCGACCGAUGCCGAAAGGAGCCGAAGCGCAGCGACAGUGACGUCAGCACAUCUCGUUCUUUCGCUUUUCGCCUGCUGCGUGCGAAGGAGAGACAGAAAAAAAAACGUCUCUCAGCAAAGCAACAAGAAGGAAGAGCAAUGGCGACACUGGAUCGCCAAAUACCCAGUCCGGAUACCUUCUUUUGCGAGCCUUGGUCUUCCUUCGUCAGUGCGGCUAAAUUACGUUUUGUUGACAACUCGUCGUCGGACCUCCGCCGCAAGGAGCCCCGCUGCCGAGGCGAAAGAGCAGAGAUGCUUGGUUACAGAGCACUAGAGGAUUUCUGUCUCGUCGUCUGCCAUGUCUGCAAUCAGGUGGUCACUCCUCAGGGCAUCCUCGCACACUAUGAGAAGCGCCACGUCUCCCCCGCCCCCCCCAGGAGCCUCUCGGUCCCAAUGAAGCCCAAGGCGCCGGCAGCGCCCCCCCCUGUGGCUCCCGGUGCCGGGGAAACGCUGAACUUCAGGGUUCCAAAAGAUUACCCUCACUCCCGCUUCAGUAAGGCCCCUCUCGCCGUCUACCCACCGAAGGGGGCCCGGAACAAGGCGUGCGUCUCCCUCCCCGUCGUGAACCUGGAGAAGAUGGCCUGCCUCGUCCACGCCGACUCCGCGUCGCAUCUGCGCCUCGCCGCCACCUCCUCCCUCAAGCCUCCGUCCCUCGCUGCCCCGGGCCCCCAGCGCCCCACCCCCUCUCCGGAGGGGCGGCCGCGCCCGGCUCGCUCUCCGCUGGACCGGCGGCUGUCGCCGGCGCCUUCUUCUUCCGCGCCGGACCGGAGACCCCCCCGGCUGUCGCCGUCGGAGAAGAAGCACCAAAACGGAACAAAGACUCCCUCGCCGCCGCAGAAGAGACUCUCAGGCAGAGUCUUUGAUCCUAACAAGCACUGUGGAGUCCAGGACCCUGAAACCAAGCGACCCUGCACAAGGUCUCUCACCUGCAAGACUCACUCCUUAACCUCCCGCCGAGCCAUCUGCGGCCGGACGAAAGACUUCGACGUCCUCCUGGCUGAACACAAGGGGCGGGCGAAGGUCAACGAGGGAGCGAAGGAGCAGGGAGCGUCGACGGCGGGGAAGGAGGGCAGCGGCCAGAGCAUCACAGCCACGGGGGAGACCGCGAGUCCCGGCAAGCCUCACUGUCCAAAUGGCCGACCGCUGUCCACGCUGAAGCUAAGGCUGGCAAAUGCACAUAUACCUAGGGUGCCGGCCUCCACCUCGGUUCCCCCGGCCCCGGCACCAGCACCUCCCGCGCCCCCCAACCCAGAGCCUUCUCCCCGCGGUUCGGGGGCGGCAGAUGGGGGCCGACUCUCCAGUGACGAGGGAGACGGGGAGACUCCCGAGGACACUGUCAGGCCCGCCUUUUACUCGUCCAAUCACCACCCACAGCCUUUAGGGGUUUGCGUGUUCAGCAGCAGGCUCAUGGGACGGGGUCACUACGUGUUCGACAGGCGAUGGGACAGGAUGAGGCUGGCGCUCCAGAGCAUGGUGGAGAAGCACCUCAGCGCCCAGAUGUGGAGGAAGGUGCCUCUGGCGCCUGAGAGCCUCGUCUCCCUCUCCUCCUCCGGUACUUCCCCCGACGCUUCGCCACAGACUCCCUCUCCCUCCCCCGCCACUGCUUCUCACAUCCGGCCCCCCUCCAACUCCCUCUCCCGGCUCGCUGCAUUUCCCCCGGGCGCAUCCGAGGUGGGGACGCUCGGCGUCCCGGACGCUGCGCGGCUCGUCGCCCCGGUUUCCGCGCUGGUUAAAGCCCGUAACGGCACCCGCAGAGACAGCUGGCCAUCCAAAGACUCGGAGGACUGUGUAUCGGGGUCUAAGAGGAGAAAGCCCCCCUCUCAACCCUCCUCCUCCAUCUCCCCCUCUUCCUUGCCGCCGACUGUGGAUAACGUUCGGAGGAACGGCGCCAGCCAUCGCCCAACUUUACAUGCUUCAGGGAGGGCGGCGGACAGGAAAAGGGGCGGGGCCACUGGGCUGUGGAGCGGCGGAGAGGACUGGUUGUCCAGAGCUGACAGGCCUCAAAGUCACAACUCGCAGAGCAGUCGCGAACACAGCACGACCGGCGUGCCUUACUCGUCCAUCAGGGAGGUCGCCUUUGCCCCCUCAAGGCCCCUGGCCUCCCCCUCGGGACCCUUGGCUUACGGGGGAGGAGCAGAGGGGAGGAAGAGGAGGAGUCCCGGCUCUUACCAAGGGAAGAUGAGCAAGCUGAGUCGGCCAGGCGGACUGGAAGGCCUCUUCGGGAACGGGAGCGACACCGUGGGAAUACUGGCUUCGGGGCCGGAGUCCCCGAGACAGGCCAAGUCGCAUCACUGAGAAGCCUGUUUUCACAGACAGAAUAUCGGGGAGCUGUGCAGACCACCACUGUUUGUGACCUUUGACCUCACCGCACUGACGGCAUGAAUCAGACUGCCUCAUCUCG